AUGCAGCUCUCCCUCUUCGUCCUCGCCGCCAGCGCCGGUGCCGCUCUCGGAGCGCCCCAGCUCGCCCCCCGCCAAAACGCCUGCUUCAUCGUCGGCAAGACCGUCCUCCCCAAAGAAGUCUCCGACGCCGUCACAAACCUCCAAGCCAAGGUCACCUGCGACGCCUCCAAAAAGACAAUCUCCAACGUCCCCGACGUCACCGCCGGCGGCGUCACCUUCUCCUCCAUCAACUUUGCCGGCUCCAACCAGAGUCCCCUGGCCUUCGCCCUCGACAAGUUCGCCACCACGGAACCCCUCGCGAGCAACGACCUCGCCAAGUUCCAAAACGAGCUCAACGCCUACGUCGCCACCGAGGCCGGCAUCCGCUCCGUCGGCGGCAGCCUGGCUAUCAAGGUGCCCAAGUUCUUCCUCUCCAUGCAGGUCUCGCGCAUCCAAACUGCGCAGGGGAAUCCGCCUGCCGCGGCGGGCCAGCAGGUCAAUCACCUCCGUGACAAGGUGCUCAAGAACGCACCCAAGGAGAACAAGGCUUUGUUGGACCAGGUUACUGCGCUGGCUGCCAAGACCACCUGA